ACACAAUUCCAAACAACAUUCACGGCCUUCACAAUGGCCAAUUUUAUGUCUCUCCCCGCCGAAAUUCGCUACGAAAUUUAUGAUCAAGCCAUGUUCCCGCACCAUGAUUACGUCGCCAUCUACCAUUGCACCGCCCCCAAAGACGUAGUCUCCACAGUGCUCAAAUCGCCAAUCUUCCGUCUUUCGGCAUGCAUUCGAAAAGAAGCCAUGAUCCGGCUUUUCAAGACAAAACUGUUCGAAUUCUCCGACUUCGCGACGGCGCUUCACUUCCUGGGCUGGGCGGGAAAAUAUGGAGAAGAGCUCAUCACGAAGGUCAAAUUGCUCGGGAUUGGGGAAGGUACUUCUAUCGAUCAAGCCGUGGCAACGCCGCUGGGAGAGCGACUGGUUGCCAUGAAGGCACUCAAGAGUAUCACAAUUAUGAAGUUAAUUGAGGCGCCCCGCUAUGCUGAAUGUGCCGACGUUGAUCUCUCGGAAAAGAUGCCUUUCUUGAAAGAGCUGGAGAAGGAGAAUGUUGAGGUCAAGAUUCUCAGAGUCGGUGGUCUGAGUCAGAGUCUUGCAAUGCACGGCACACCGAAUCCCAUGUAG